AUGGCUGCCGCAGAAGCCGCGGAGAAAGCUGAGCUAGCAGCACAAGCCGCCGCGCGGAGAGCCGCGAGACUCGCCGCAAGCGCCGCCGCCGCCGCAGAGGGCCGGAUUUCCGCCACUGGCGGAGCAACGGCCGCGUUUGCGCGUGCAUUCGCGGGAAUCGCACCGGGCGCCAACGACUCGUUGGUGGGAAACAAUGCGGGGGAGCAAAAUGCGGGGGAGGCGGAAAGGGAGGCGGAGGAGGAGGAUGAUGACGAAGGGGACGAAUGGGAUCCCAAGACACAACCGUUAACGGAAAAGCCGAUUCUGCUGGGACCGGCGGAGUUCGUCAGACCGGACGGAACACGCGGAACGCUUCACGGGGGAGGCGCGCCCGGAUGGGAGCAGCGGUGGCGGAAUCGGCGCGCCGCGGUAAAGGCUGCGCGCGGCGGAAGCGGUGGAAGCGACGGAGGCGCAACCAGCGGGGGAAGCGGCGGGAGCGGCUGGAACAGCGGAGCGGGGAACAGCACCGCCAGUGCGGGGACGGCGGCGGCGGGAGGAACAACAUUUUCCAUAGCGGGCGCGGCGGGCGCGGCGGGUGAUACGAUAGUGCAACCCAUGGCUGGCACGCCAGAUAUUUCGCACACUGCGGGAUACUUCAAGAUUAAAGCGCGACGCGACACGAGACUGUUCUACUACUUCUUCGAGUCGCGGAACGACGCGAGCACGGAUCCGCUGGUGCUAUGGCUGACGGGCGGCCCGGGAUGCAGCAGCGCGUUCGCGCUGCUGUAUGAGAACGGCCCGUACCAGCUUGACACAGACAAGACGACGCUUAUUUGGAACGACAACGGAUGGGACAUGGCAUCCAACAUCAUCUUUUUAGAUCAGCCAGUGGGCACGGGCUUCAGCUACAGCAACGACGGGCAGAAGCGCAGCACGCAGCGCGGUGUGAGCAAAGAUGCGUACCAGUUCCUGCAGGCCUUCCUGGACGCGCAUCCCGAGCUGCGCACGCGUCCGUUCUUCAUCACGGGGGAGUCGUACGCAGGAAAGUACAUCCCCACGCUCGCUGCACGCAUCGUGCGCGCCAACAAGGUCGGCAAGAAGCCGCGCAUCAAUCUGCAGGGCAUAGCUAUCGGCAAUGGCUUGACCAGUCCGCACACGCAGUCCAUGUCCUAUGCACGUUUUGCAUACAAGAACAAGCUCAUGAGCUACUGGAAGUACCGGGAGCUCAAGGCGCGAGGGCGAGCGUGCCAGCUCACUGACCUCAUGUGUGGCACCCAGGGCAAGGUGACGUGCAUAACGGCGUUCCUAGUGUGCGGGUGGUACUUCAACCAGAUCGUGCUUCAGUCUGGCAACGGCAAGGUCAAUUACUAUGACGUGCGCAAGCCGUGUGUGCAUGACAGCGGGUGCUACGACUUCAGUGCCGGCAACGCCUACCUCAACUCCGCAGAAGUCAAGCAGAAGCUGGGGGUUAAAAAAGAGUGGAGGGACUGUGACGACAAUGUGUACUUUGCAAUGCUCAUGGACUUUGAGAGGGACGAGACGGAGCACGUGAGCUAUGUGCUUAACAACGGGCUGCGAGUGCUCAUCUAUGCAGGCGAGAAGGACUUUAUCUGCAACUGGAUUGGCAACAGCUGGUGGCUGAGGAGUCUCAAGUGGAAGCACCAGGGUGCGUACCGGAAGGCCAAGUACAAGCCAUUCCUGCUGUCAGGCAGUCAGAAGGGCCUUGCAAAGGUUGCAGAGCCACUCACGUUUCUACGGGUGCAUGAAUCAGGUCACAUGGUCCCCAUGGAUCAACCUGAAGCUGCGCUAGAAAUGAUACGCCGAUUUAUGGCUAAGGAAUCUCUCAUGGGAUAA